UCGUACUUAGCUGUUGAAAGUGAACAUUUGAUUUGUUAAGAUUGUUUAAACGAUAUUUUAUUACUAAACACAUUUUAUAACGAUGGUUCAAAACUGGUGUUCGUAUCCGAAUCCAGCGCCAGGUGAAGAAGUUGUUAUUUGUGGUAUUUCUGGUUUAUUUCCAAAAAGUGACAACAUUAUUGAAUUAAAGCACAAUUUAUACAAUGGUAUUGAUAUGAUAUCAGAAGAUAACUCAUCCACAAGUCCUGACAUACCAAAAUAUUUGGGUCGAGUGAAUCCAAAUAAUCUCAGCGAGUUUGAUAAUAAGUUUUUUAAUGUACCAGAUGAACAAAUUCGUUCAUUGGAUCCAAUGAUUCGCAUACAUUUAGAGAAAACAUAUGAGGCCAUAAUUGAUGCAGGAUUAAAUCCCGACGAUUUACGUGGAACAAAAACUGGAGUUUACACAGCGUCUUCAUUUAAUGAAGUUGACUAUGGUUGGAUUCAUACACCAGCAAAUGUUGAUGGCUACGGUGUGAUUGGAAAUAGUAGAGCAAUGUUAGCUAACCACGUAAGUCUAUGGUUAGAUUUACAUGGUCCAUCGUAUAAUUUGGAUACAGCAUGUUCAAGUUACUUAUAUGCUGUUGAGCACGGGUAUAGAGAUUUGAGAGCUGGUAUUGUGGAUUGUGCGCUUGUUGGAACCGGAAAUUUAUGUUUGUCUGAAAUGACAACUUUACAAUUUGCACGUUUGGGUUUAUUAUCAAAAGAAGGAGCUUGUCGAACUUUUGAUGAAAAAGCAAAUGGCUAUGCAAGAUCUGAAACAAUUGGAUGCAUGGUGUUAAUGCGUGCUAAAGAUGCUAAACGUAUCUACUCGUAUAUUGUGCACUCAAAGACUAAUUGUGAUGGAUAUAAACCUCAAGGUAUUACAUUUCCAUCUACAGAAGGUCAACACAAAUUAUUGAGUGAAUUCUAUAACGAAAUUACAAUUUUACCGAAAGAUAUUAAUUACGUUGAAUGCCACGGCACUGGUACUAAAGUCGGAGACGUAGAGGAAUGUAUUUCAGUUGAGAAAAUAUUUUGUAAAGAUCGUAAAACACCGUUAAAAAUUGGUUCGGUUAAAUCUAAUCUUGGGCAUUCCGAACCAUCCUCUGGAUUAUGUGCAAUUGCAAAAUGUAUUUUUUCCAUGGAAUCGGGUUUGAUCCCACCGAAUUUGCAUUAUAAUAUACCACGGAAGGAAAUUCAAGGAUUAAUCGAAAAUAAAUUUGAAGUUGUUGACAAAAUUACACCAUUGGAUGGUGAUUACAUGGCUGUAAGUGGAUUUGGAUUUGGUGGAGCUAAUGCACAUCUGUUGUUAAAACGUUUUAAAAAAAUGAAAAAAAAUUAUGGAUACCCCUCAGAUGACCUACCACGACUUGUUUGUGUAUCUGGCAGAACUCAAGAUGCAGUGAAUACAAUCAUCCAAGAUUUACAAAAACGUUCUAUAGAUGUAGAGCACGUUCGAUUGUAUCAUGAAGUUUAUCGGAAGAAUAUAAAAAAGCAUGAUUAUCGUGGGUAUGUGCUAUUACAAAAAAGUGAGCCACGUAAUAUUGGCCAUGCAACGAAAUUUAUUAAAAAUUUGGCAACACCAGCCAUUUGUUAUGUUUUCACUGGAGUAGGAAGUCAAUGGGCUGGCAUGGGCAUAACAUUAAUGCAAAUACCAAAAUUCGCGGCAACAAUGCAUAAAUUGAACAAAUAUCUAGAUCCACUUUGUGUAGAUAUUGUGAAGAUUAUUACUGAUACAAAUCCAAAAGUUUUUGAUAAUCCUCUGUAUGCAAUACUUGGAACUACAGCGAUCCAAAUUGGUUUAGUUGAUGUAUUGAAUGCAAUUGGCAUCGAAGCGGAUCAAAUGAUUGGUUAUUCCACUGGAGAAUUCGCAUGUGCCUAUGCUGAUAAUUGUUUAACCGCUGAGCAAACAAUUUUGGCUGCAUAUUAUCGUGGAUUAGCAUUGUUUGAUUCCAAAAUGAUUGGGAAGUCGAUGGCUGUGACUGAUCUUAAUUCAAAUGAGUUAUUAAAUGACUAUACAACAGAAAUCGAUAGUGAUGAGCAUAUCAAUAAAAGAAACAGCAUGGGAAUUUCUGGUUCAGUAGAGCCGGGACUACUGAGAGAAUUAAGAAAAUUAAUUCCAAAUCCAAAAUCAAAAUCAAAGAAAUGGAUUAGUAAAACUGAAUCAACAAACAUGAAGAAUAAUGAAAACCACGAAUUAUGUUCAGCAGAUUAUCUAAUCAAUAUUUUAAAUACUCCAUAUUUAAAAACAAAUUUUAAAAAUAUUCAAUCAAAUACAGUUAUUCUUGAAAUAUCACCAGCUAAUUCAUUAGUUGAUAUGUUAAAAGAUGUUAUUGAUAAAGAGAAUGUAUUGAUUGGAUCACUGAUGCAAAAGAACGAUUAUGAUUUAAACACAUUUUUUAAUAUUAUUGGAAACUUGUAUACAAAAGGAUUCAAUCCACAAUUGGCAACAUUGUACCCCGAAGUACAAUUUCCUGUAAGCUGUGGUACUCCAAUGAUAGGACACACCGUAAAAUGGGAACAUUCAAGAAAAUGGCCAGUAACAAUAGAAGGGUUUAGUUGGGUCGACACAUCGUUGGAAAAAACGGUUGUAAUCGAUGUGACUACGCCAACACUUGAAUAUCUUACAGGCCACGUAGUUGAUGGUCGAAAUCUUUUUCCGGCAACUGGUUACUUAGCUUUAAUGUGGAACGCCUUAUCCGAAAUUGAAGGAGAAUUAUUGGAAAAUAUUGCAGUGGAAUUUGAAGAUGUUCAAUUUUUACGGGCUACAAAUAUCUCUACAAAAAAUACACUAACAUUUGAAAUGAUGAUACAAAAGGGUACCGGAAAUUUUGAAAUUUUAGAAAGUGAUUCAGUUGUUGUCACUGGUCGACUCAAGCGUUUACCUCAUAAUUCCAAAGAAUUACUAAAGCUGCCCGAAGUAAAACCAAUUGUCAAUGAUACUGACAAGUUACCGUUAAACUCACGUGAUAUUUACAAAGAGUUGCGCUUACGUGGCUACAAUUAUCAAAGGGAGUUCAAGGGCAUUCUAUCUACGGAUAAUAGUGGCUUUGUUGGGCAAAUUGAAUGGAAACCAGGCAUGUGGGCUGCAUUUAUGGAUAAUAUGCUACAACUUCAAAUAUUACAAGAAGAUGCCAGAUAUUUAUAUGUACCCACAAGUAUACGAAAAUUAACAAUAUAUCCGCAUGAACAUUUCCAACAUAUCCAAGAACACGAAGAUGGUAGACAGUCAAUAACCGUCACAAAUUACAAAGAAUAUAAAGUACUACAAGGUGGAGGUAUCCAAAUUGAGGGUUUAAUGGCAACAUCAAUAAAUCGUCGUAAACCUUUGGCUGAAUCUGUUUUAGAAAAACAAGAAUUUGUGCCAUUAAUAAAUUGUAUUUCCCAAAAAUAUACGGUUGUUGAUGCUAUGCGAAUAUUUUUCCAAAUCGGCUUAGAGAAUAACCCAAGUGUUAAAGUAAAAGUCGUUGAGGUUGAUAAUGAAGUCAACGAUAUAUUGGCACCAGUAAUUUUUGAAGUCCUAAGCGACCUACCAUUAAUUCAACCUGAUAUAACAGUUCUUUCAAGUCGAUCUUUUCAAUUGCCAAAUAAUUGUCAAGUUUCUAACAAACCAUUAGAAACUGAAUCCAAAGCUGAUUAUAUUAUGGCACAUGAUUUACUAAACAAUCCAAAUAAAUUGCCAAUCAUUGGUACUGUUUCAAAAAAUAAAGAUAGUUUUGUAAUCUCACGGGAAAAUCCGAAAACAAAAACUUGUAGUAUACCUGAUUACGAUAUAUUAUGCGAACUAUUUACUGAAAAUGAUAAACUAUUAAUGCUACGAAAAAAACAGAUAUUAAAUAUUAACAAAUCUACAGAAAUAAUAAAAAUUACAAAUGACCUUGAAUUCCCUUGGAUGGAACAAUUACAACAAUUAAUGAAAAGUAAAAUACCAACAAUUUUAUAUUCACAAAAUGAACCAAUUAGUGGAUUAAUUGGAUUGAUUAAUUGUUUACGAAAAGAGUACAUAAGUAAUUCAAUUCAAGCUGUGUUCAUAAAUGAUAAGAAUGCACCAGAAUUCGAUAUCAACGAUCCAUUCUACAAAAAACAAUUAGAUCUUGGUUUGGCUGUAAAUGUGUACCUGAAUGGUGUUUGGGGUGGAUAUCGUCAUUUGAAAUUGUUAGGAACAAAAACAAUAACUGACACAGCUUAUAUUAAUUGCGUAACUCGAGGAGAUUUAUCGAGUAUGACCUGGAUAGAACUGCCACUGUCCUCAAAACCUAGAGGCAUUAUUGAAAUUUGUUAUUCGGCAAUGAAUUUUCGAGAUGUUAUGCUAGCGACAGGAAAAUUGAGCAGUGAUUUUAUGGAUAAAGGUAAAACUGACCCUGAUUGUGUGUUGCCAUUAGACUGUGUUCAAGGCUUAGAAUUUUCUGGAGUUGGUCCAGAUGGAAAACGGUAUAUGGGUUUAGUAACGCGCGCUGGACAAGCAACAAGAGUUGAAUAUGAUGAAAACUUGACGUGGCCAGUACCAGAUAAUUGGAGUUUAGAAGAUGCCGCAACAGUUCCUGUUGUUUAUUCGACUGUAUACGGAUCGCUAAUUAAAAAUGGAAUGUCUAAGGGCCACUCAGUCCUUAUUCACUCUGGAACGGGGGGUGUUGGUUUAGCUGCUAUUCAUGUUGCGUUACAUUAUGGUUGCGAAGUAUUCACAACCGUUGGAACGCAAGAGAAACGGGAAUUCAUAAAAAAAAUGUUUCCACAAAUUAAAGAGAGUCAUAUUGGUAAUUCACGUGACACAUCAUUUGAACAAAUGGUUAUGAGUGAAACAAAAGGUCGUGGUGUGGACUUUGUGUUGAAUUCACUGGCUGAAGAAAAGCUACUAGCAUCUGUUCGGUGUCUAGCUGAGUAUGGAAAAUUUAUGGAAAUUGGUAAAUUUGAUUUAUCCAAAAAUAAUAAACUUGGAAUGGAAGUAUUUAUGCGUGGGGCUUCGUUUCAUGGAAUCAUGUUGGAUAAUACGUUGGAAGCACCAGCCGAGGAGAAAGAAGUAAUUCGUUCAAUGAUAUUGAAAGGCAUUCAAGACGGAGCCAUUAAGCCUUUGCCUAGGACUGUGUUUGACAUUGAAAAUUUAGAAGCACCUUAUAGAUACCUCAGUGCUGGCAAACACAUUGGUAAAGUAUUGAUCAAAAUUCGUGAUAAUGAGGCACAGAAAACCGUUUUGGUACCUGCAAUUCCAAGAUUAUACGUAAAGCAUAAUAAAUCGAUUGUGAUCAUUGGCGGUCUGGGUGGAUUUGGAUUGGAAUUAGCUAAUUGGUUGAUUCAGAGAGGUUGUAGAAAUUUAAUACUUUCGUCAAGACAGGGUUUAAGAAAGGGAUACCAAUCAAUUCGAAUACAAAAAUGGCGCUCUGCUGGUAUUAACGUACAAGUUUCUACUGCAAACAUUUCAACAAAAGAAGGGUGCAUAGAAAUAUUGCAAUUUGCCGAACAAUUUGGUCCGGUUGAUGGUAUUUACAACUUAGCCGUAAUAUUAAGAGAUGCCUUGUUCGAAAAUCAAAGUAUUGAAAAUUUUCAAACAUCUUUUGGUGGGAAAGUAUUGGGUACAAAAUAUUUAGAUGAAGUGAGUCGUACACUUUGUCCAGAGCUGCGACAUUUUGUUGUAUUCUCAAGUGUAUCCUGCGGGCGUGGUAAUGCGGGUCAAACUAAUUAUGGAAUGGCAAAUUCAGUAAUGGAACGUAUAUGUGAAGAGCGUCAUGCCAGUGGAUAUCCAGCUCUUGCUAUACAAUGGGGUGCUAUUGGUGAAGUAGGGCUUGUUGCCGAUAUGCAAGAUAAUGAUACAAUAUUAGAAAUUGGUGGAACGCUUCAACAGAGCUUAAACAGCUGUUUCAAUGCCAUGGAUAUUUUCUUGAAACAGUCAUCACCUGUUGUUGCAAGUAUGGUGGUUGCUGAGAAAAAGUAUGGAUUCAACGCCGGCGGAAGUAUUUUAGAUUCUGUUGUAUCUAUUAUGGGGAUAAAAGAUCAUACAAAACUGAGUAAGCAUUCAAAACUAUCGGAGAUUGGUAUGGAUUCAAUGAUGGCAGUCGAAAUUAAACAAACAUUAGAAAGAGAAUUUGAGCUUUUCUUAACACCACAAGAUAUACGAAAUUUAACUUUCUCAAAAUUAAUCGAACUGCAAAAUCAACUGGUUGAUAAUACAGAAUCAGGUGAUACAUUGAAAGAAAACUCGAUGCCCCAGGAAGAUGUAUUUAAAAUGCUUGUACGUACGUUGGGUGAUGAAAAUGAAGAUAUAGAACCGAUGAUAGAAUUGCCAUCAAUCAAAAAUAAAGAAAACUCAAUGCCACUGUUCUUCAUUCCGGGCAUUGAAGGGAAUUGUCUAGUAUUUGAAGCACUAUGUUCAAGAUUAAAUUAUCAAUGUUAUGGUUUACAGACUUCGUUUGAGGAUACCACUGAUAACAUUAGUGCUCUAACUCAAAAAAUGGUCUCACUAAUUACAUCCAAAUUAGCGAAAAAUGAAAAGUAUGGUAUUGUUGGCUACUCAUAUGGUUCAAUAUUGGCAACAGAAAUUACAACACAGUUAGAAAAAUUGGGGCAUAAAGGUCGUUGUUUAUUUAUUGAUGGAUCACCUACAUUUUUGAAAGCGCUUAUUCGUAAUCUGCUCUCAAUGUCAAUGUCAGAAAAAAUAUCAGCCAGUACUGUCGAAUCAAGAUUAAUAGCAUUGAUGUUAUCGUUGUUCCUUACAGAAAGUGUGUCUAAUAUUUUGAAUGAACUAGAAACUCUGCCAGAUUGGGAAUCACGAGUGGACCUAUUAUUAUCCAAAAAACCGGAAGGUGUAUCUUUAUAUUCUGAGAAAUACACUCGUACACUUUGUAAUGGUUUAUUGGCACGAUUUAAGUCAGUAUUAAAUUACAACAUAUCCGAAGAAAUUAAAUUAAAUGUUCCGAUUGCGUUAGUUCGACCUACUAUUCAAGUGAUUAGUGAAUCGUCUGAAGAUUAUGAUUUAUCGACCUUGGUGGAUAAAGAAUCAUCAAAAAUUCCUAUAACUAUACUAGAAGGGGAUCAUUACACUGUUUUAGAAAAUGUAUCAUUGCCAAAUUUAGUCAAUGAAUUUUUUUCUUAAUGAGUAGGGUCAAAUUGAAUUG